CUUUCCCUUCUUCCUUGGUGAGAGAAUCAGCCCUAGCCAUCCUUGCUUUUACUUUUCUGGGCUAUUCUCCAAGUCCUACCACCCUCAUGCCCUGAUUGGUUCUGGGUUUCUUUCCAUGCUGGAUUCUGGAAUGGCCUUUCUGAAGGUGGUCAUUUCAGGGAAAAGCUCUAGGGACGGAUGAUCCAGCCAGAAGGAGUGGAGCCAUGUGAAGCUCUGUGGUUUAGGGUCUGUACAGGAACACUGGCUUCAGUUUUUAGAUCAUUCCUUCUCAAAAACACAAGUCUGUGUAUCUCAAGCCUGUGCUGUUUUCCAUCUGGAACAGAACGGGGGAGUGUGCAUGGUCUCUCACAGAGCACAGUCUUGGCAAAGUGAUCCAGUCCCCAGAACGACACUCUCUAACUAGAGAGAGACCCCACCCUGGCUGCAGGCGGGAGGUUCCUCCUAGUAGCGCUGUCCAGAGGAGGCUGGGAGAGGUGGUGACUCCAAGGCCAGGCUGGGAGUGGGACAGGGUUUCAGUCAGGUUCAUCCUUAAACUGUGAGGCUAGAGCACACCCCACCCCAGUCUGAGCCCCAGGAAGGCUCCUGGCUGAACUCUUUGGGAAACCUGUCAUCCUAUUUCCCAGAACCGGAGGCACCAGUGCACAGUCAAGCUCACACCCCUGCCAGCUCGACUCGGAUGGCCUCAAAUGAGGGAGACUCGGAGCUGCCUGGAGCUUGCUGGGCUGAGGAGCCCUUGGUGGAUUCUGCAAGGACCAGUCACCCCUGAUUGCAGGAAUGUGCUCCCGCCCCAUGGCAAGAUACUACAUUUUUAUCCAGCAGCUGCCGCCUUGCCCUCACAGGAAGUGAACGUCGAGGAUCUGUACAAGGGCGGUGACCAGGCCACCCGCUUCACCUUCUUCCAGAGACGCUCGGACCCCGCCUUCAGGCUGGAGGCUGCUGCCUGACCUGGCUGGUUUCUCUGUGGCUCGGCUGAGCCCCAAGAGCCCGUACGACUCACCAAGGAGAGUGAGCCCUCAGCCUGCACUGAGCUCUACUUUGAACAGAGUCGGCAGAGAAGCAGGAAGCUGGGUUCUGGCCUGGCGCCCCCAAACCCAGCUCAUCCUGCUCAGGGUCUGUGGGAGGCAGAAUAAUGGCACCCCCCAAAGAGGUCCACAUCCUGAUCCCCAGAACCUGUGAAUAUGUUACCUUACAUGGCAGAAGGGACUUCGCAAAUGUGAUUAAGGCUGAUCUAUCCUGUGGUAUCCCAGUGGGCCCGAGGUAAUCAAACACCAGGGUCCUCCUAUGAGGGAGGCGGGAGGGUGAGAGUAGAGGGAGGGUGGAAGAUGCUCUACCGCUAACUUUGAAGUUGGAGGAAGGGGCUGUGAGCCGAGGAAUACAGGUGGUCCCUAGAAGCUGGAAAAGGGCAGGGAAUGGGUUCUCCCGUAGAGCCUCCAGAAGGAGCACAGCCAUGCCAACAACUUGACUUGAGCCCAGUGAAAACCAUUGCAGACUUCUGACCUCCAGAAGUGUAAAAUAAUAAAUUUAUGUUGUUCUAAGCCAUUGCAUUUGCGGUAACUUGUUACGGCAGCUGUAGGAAACUAACACAGGGAGUGAGUGGGCCUCUGUGUGCAGUAUUCAAUGCAAAGGGACUGGAUAACUUGGUGAGUCCUUCUUGGAAGCCUGGCCAUGGCUUCUCCUCUGGUCCCUCUGCUCCAGAGCUUCUAGAAACAACCGAGAAACUCCAGGCAGAACCCAGCUCUCCUCCUCUGUCCAUGGACAAUGUCUUGGGCUGCUUCCAAUUUCAGUUUUAGUUCAGGUCACGAUUUUUCUAUCAGAUACUUCACAAUGAAUCAGUCAUCCAACCGACUGACCGGUACCAUUAG